ACAAACCUCAACAAACCUUCGGUAACCCAAGGGGAAUCCGAACACGCCUUUAAAAAAAGACAGUACUAAUUCUAACCCUAAAAAAGAAAAAGCAUAAUCAGUUUUACAUACAUCGAACGCAUAGCGAUAACAUGGCCAAAGAGCGUGGCGUCUUGAAAAUGAUUUGGAACGGUUUUAUAUCCUCGCUGAAACCUCGCUUCGCCAGCCGCAAAUUGAUUGGCGAGGAUUAUUAUGGCACAAAGUAUUACGAGGAAGAUAUUCGUAAUUCUGCCCGGAAAAGGCCGCCGCGAUAUUUUGUUCCAGUAAACAAAGAAGACUUCCAGCAAGAAUUACCCGCGGAAUGGGAGGCCUGGUUGCGAUACCGCAGAAAAGAGCCACCCACGCGAGAGGAAAUAGAAGCUAAUUACCAAUUGGCAAUAACCAAGAAGGAAAAUGCAGCAAAACUUUUAGAGAAUCGUUCAAAAAAUGACAAUACUACUAAUCUUCCCGCAUCAUCCACUCAGGCAGCUACUCCAGGAAAUUUUCCGGUUUAUGAAGAUAUGAAAGGUUUUGGUAGUGAUUAUAAACCAAAAGACUCAUACAAAUAGAUAAAAGAAACUAUAUAACAUCUAUA